GGUCGGCCGUUUUAGUAUCCUUUUAGAAGAAGCGCAAAGCCUUGGACGAGGUGGUUGAAGAGAGUACAACUUCCCUCCCACGGUCAUCAAUACCCAACCCCAUCGACUGAUCAUCAUGUCCUUCGUCCCCACCCCAACAUCAGAGCAGAGCAUGCACAAAGGCAAGUGCCACUGCGGCGCUGUGAGCUUCCGCUUUUCGCUGUCUCCACCUCUGUCCGAAUAUCCUGUCGUUAGCUGCAACUGCUCUAUCUGCAGCAAGAAUGGAUACCUGCUCGUCUACCCCUCGCUCAAAGACUUCACCCUUGAGAGCGGCGACGAAACAACCCGGACGUACCAGUUUGGCCGGCGUCAGGGGAAGCACGAGUUUUGUGGGACCUGCGGGAGCAGUUGUUUCAUCCGGUUGGUGGCAGAGGACGCGCCCCCAAUCAUAGCAGUGAAUGUCCGUUUACUGGAGGACUGUGAUCUGGACAAACUUAAUUACAAAAAAUUUGAUGGAAGGUCUCUCUAACCACGUUAUACGUACCAGCUGCCGGCCUAUCAGCUAAAAUUUUGUUUUCACGAGAUGCAGCCAGUCGACGUCACUCAGAAAACUCCACUCUCCGUCGGUAUAUGUAACCUCGUCCAUCUCAUACGAAAAGGAGACAUUUGGGGGGGGUAACUCGGAUAUAACAUUGGUAAUAUAGGAUGUUCUAUGUAUAUUAUUCUAUCAAUGCUUUUGUCUAUAUACGUCUAGGGUAUCUUUUACAACUUCACCUGAAAUCGAGGGUGCGUCCGGAUGCGUGCCCCGUACCGCCAGAAGAACAGCGGACACGCACACAUCACGAGCGC